UCUUGUGCAUGUAAAGGCGAAGCAGGUACUAGACAAAUUAGUGAAGCAAUAUGAAUCGAACUGCUUCGCCCAUUUUAGUGGUUAGUGUGAAAGCGCAUGCGCUUUAGGCUUUAGGGCGUUCUAACAACAAUCUACGUAGGCUCACUUAUUUGCCUAAAAUUACCGUAUGCACGCUCGCCGACUGUCUCCGCCGCCAACUGCUCCCCCUUGGUGCAUAUCUUCGCGCGUGGCCAAUGAACUUAGCCGAACACGCUCGUGGCGCGCGAGGCACGCCCACACUGGCGCUCGCGGUCCCGGCGGCAGCGAACACGGACGCGAUCAGUUUGCCUGGCAGCCUGCAGGCGGCGCCGCUGCCGCGAACUGCGGUUUCGGCGUCGAUUUUUUUUUUUUUUCUUCUCGACGUUUCUCUUUCCCUCUGCGGCUGCUCGGCUCGCAGCCGCGGCUAAAGCCACGCGUGGCGGCGGAGUCAAUGGUUGGCUGAGCCCGUGCGUGGACGUGCCUGUGUGACGACGGCGCGCAUGGAUUCCGGGAUGUUCCUCGCCCUCGUGACCACGCUGGCGCUGCUCGCCAAAGUGGGCAGCGGUCUGCGUCUCCUGCGACUGGACGUUCCGUCCGUGGCGCGUAGAGGAGAACCCGUGUGGCUGAACUGCAGCUACGACCUGGAGCGCGACCAGCUCUACUCCAUCAAGUGGUACAAGAACAAUGUCGAGAUCUAUCGGUACCUGCCCAGCGAGACGCCUCGGGUGAAGGUCUACAACAUGCCCGGCAUACACAUCGACGUCUCUCGCUCCAAUAUCAGCGACCUCUACCUAAACGACACCGAUCUCAAUUCAGAGGGCAAGUAUCGUUGUGAGGUCUCUGCCGAGUCGCCAUCGUUCCAGACAGAGCGCGCCCAGCAGGAGAUGCUCAUGUACGUGCUGCCCCUGGAGGAUCCGGUCAUUAGAGGACUGCGUAGCCAGUACCAAAUUGGGGACCCAGUCAACCUGACAUGCUCCUACGGACCAAGCAAGCCCAACGCCUCGCUCACCUGGUACAUUAACGACAGGAAGGUGCCAACUGGCAGCGAGGAAGUCGUGGAGAACGGUCACUUCUUGGACGCCGAGGGCCUGUGGCACGCCCACUCUCGCGUCACCUUCGUGGCGCAGCCCAGCCACUUCUGGCACGGAGCCAUGGAGGUGCGCUGCGCCUCGCAUGCAGCGCUCCCUUACUUCGUGAGCAGCGAGGAGCUCACCGUGAGGGACUACGGACGCACCCUCGACGUGUCGGGGCCUCGCAUGCACGGUCCACGGCUGGAAGGCACCAAGAAGCAUUACAGCCUGGGCAGUGCGAUCGACCUAAGCUGCCUAGCGGAUGCACCCUUGCGUGAACUCAAGUGGCUCAUCAACGACAGGGAGGCACAAGACUCCUACGUGUCGUCCCCGUCCAACGGCCACGGCGCAGCGGUCAUGCUGCGCCUAAACUUCCGCCUGGGCGAGCAGCACUUCAGCAAGGGCGAGCUGCGCCUCAAGUGCGUCUCGCGGCAGCUGCGCGAGUUCACGGCUGCCAGCGAGCUGCGUGUGCCCAUCAGCGACAAGCGCCACAGCUCGGGCCUGCAGGUGUACUUCGCCAGGGCUAACGGCGGCAGGCAGCACGCGGGCCUCGGAGGGGCGGUGGUGUUGCUUCUGGUUGUCUCAAGGCUGCUGGCGGCUUCGACGUAGUCCGACUGCUAAUUAGAGUCUGCAGCGUGAUUCAGCGCAACCGGGCCAACGUGUCGUCGGGACUGGUAGGACCGAGAAGUCUACGAAGAGGAGGUCCCGACACACCCACCAGCUAUGGGCCGGAGCAACGAGCUCUCCGGCUCGUCGAAGCCAGAGCCCGGCUGAGAGGGUGCAUUUUUCAGCGGACGCUAGAUAUCGAAUUGCGGCAUUCACUAUCUGGACGGUUGCUCCUGAAGUGUAUUUUCCUUGUUGCCGAGACCUGCUCAGAUGUAUGAAUGGUGCAAUGUUACUCUUUACGCUGGCAGUACAUUGCUGGAAUGGCAUACUCACAAUGCUUUCUUUUUUGUUAUAUGUAUUUUUUUUUCUUUAGAAGAAUGGUUGUUUUUCAAAAAACUUUCAUCAGUCAUGGCAAUCUCCUCUGACCCUACGUCUGGCUGCACACGCGGCGAUGAGACAAAACUGCGAUCGCUCUAUGCCCAUUCUGGUUACACGUGGAGGAGUGCAGUGCCUGAGCGCACAGCGGGAAAAAAGAAGUUGGUCUAGCACAUGAUGACAUGUGGAAAUUUCAAAUAAGUUCUGUGGAAGAAGAUUUCCGAAAACGAAAUGUUGCCAUCCAGCCGACAGUUGCACGAAGUUACAAAGGAAAUCCCUACCCCAGUAUGUAAGAAAGUGGUCGUGGUCCGGAGAUGGGCAUUGAUGCGGAAAGGCAUUAGUGCUAUGUUCGAUCCCAAGAAUGAAACGAUUUCUGUUUGAACUGCGAAGUAUUCGUUCUGAGAAACUCGUUUAGGUUUCCUUUGCAGUGUCGUGCUACUGUCGAAUAGAUGACUAUUAUUCCCUUCCAUGAUGACACGGCUGUCGAAUUUGCCCGAAAAAGCUUUGCUCUGACCUGCGGUGUACCAGGCAAUUGCUUGGAGUGCCUGAAAGAGACGCCCGGGUUUUUCCUCGCUAUAACUUCUGGUUAAGGAUUUGCAUUCUGAAAUCGGCACACUAUCCAACUUACGGGGAGCAUAGUGCGACGUAAUAUACGGCACUGAUCGCCAUUCAAGGGAACUAUAUAAUCUGACCGUAGGGGAAAACGUACUGACCCAAGGGCUAAAUGACGCCCUUAGAAAAUAUUUAUCACUCUUUUGAGAUUUUUCUAUACGACAUAACAAAUGUCAUGAAGCUCUCGCGCACGUUUUUUUUUUUUUUGACGCUCCACACGCCGUAUUUUCCUGUCGAGAUGUGCAUGCGUGCCCCAGCGUUUCGCAGUGUUCCUGACGGGAAAGAGCGCAGUGCACGCACAUUGUUGUGGGACAAGAUCAGCCGUAAGUGAUACGUGUUUCUAUCACCUUAUAUUCAGCCAAGCUGACCAACACAAUCGAUGGAUUUGCAUCUGUGGCGCUUGAGAUGCCAACGCGGUGGUGCGGGAGCUGUAUUUUCAAUCGUGCACGGCUUUACUCUCGGCACAAGUUAUCGGUUCUCGCGGGAAAGAAAUGCCCUGUCCUUUUAAACAAUCUUGGAAAUUGUCCUGAUUAAGACUUGGAUAAUCAAGUGAGCAGAAGACGGAGUCUCCUUUUUUUUUUUCAAGCACAUCCACAGCCGAUAUACAAACGUACGCAAAUACGCCUGUACCUAAUGCUAAUUUUCGGACAUUAAUCAACACUCGCAACAAAAACAAAAGCGUGGCUGAAAGCAACUUGAUAUCCUGCACUGGUCUUUGUUAGGUAAUAAAAAGAUAUAUCAUAAUUGGACGUCAUCAAGAUCGUGCAGGAUGUUUCCGGAAGUGCUCCUACAUUUAUGGUAAUAUUUGAACAAAUUGAACGGACCCGCGGCUUUAUUAAUGCCGCUUUUAAGUGAUGUUGAGAAGUUGUGACAAUUUCAAGGGAAAAACCACUUUGAGUAGGGCGUUAUAUUAACAUCUCAUGUAGGCGUAGGUAUUUGGGUACGCUAGUUCUCAAGAAUGUGAGCAUUGAAAUAAUUUCUAGGUACUAAGUCAAGGGUUGGCGUCAUAGAAAGUAUUCAUGAAACAAAUGCCCUCUGGAGGAGAGAGCGUGUGAGGCGUCUGAAUUUCUUUCUAUGAUUCCGCAGCUUUGGUGUAUAGAUUGUUCUCUUGUGUAUAGACGUCGGUAUUGUUUUGAAGUAAUUUGUCAUGCAAAUUUCAGAGGUAAAUUGACAACAAGGAUAUACGAGAAGAUAGGAUGACUAAGGCUUUUGCGCAGAACAAUGGCUGUGUAUGUGUAGAGACGCUUAUGUUUAGUGUUGGGAAAUCCGUAAACGGCAAUAUAUUCUGCAGCGCACUCAUAGCAAACCACGCUAUACGCGAUGGCCUUUUCUAAGUUUUAUGGAAUUUUCGAAUAUCGCUUGUCGCAGGUACAUGACUCUAGUCCUUGAGCUGUAUUACUCAGAGAGGCGGACAUUACUUUCACGAGGAAUUGAAACGCAGAAUCAGCUAAUUACCAAAAUGUCACUAAUCAGCUUCUUGAUUAUAUCGCGGCGCAGAUUGCCAUCUAGGCAUUGUAGCCGGUGAGUUUGCAAGGCGUAUCCACUUGGAAUGAACUUCCAAAAGGGCCCCAGUUUGGAGGUAUGCCCCAUUAAACUCUGUUAAAAAAUGCAUUGUUGUUCCACCUAUUUUUUUAGAAGACUUUCUUUUAUGCAUUGAAGCACAAGAGUGACUGAAACGCCCGUGUAUUUUGUCCCACGCUUCGGGAAAUUAUAUCGCGGAACUGGUGUCAUCCUGGAAAUUAAUUCCUGCAAACUCACGGGCUGCAAUUCGUGAAUCGGAAUAUGUGCCGUACAGUAAUUAAUUAAGCAGUUAAUUAGUGAAUGUUGGUUAAAUGGCUCAAUAUGCGUUUCCAUUUCUCGUGCAUGUGAUGUUAGCCUCUACUGAUAAUUCAGCUCAAGAACAAGAAUUAUGCUAUCUGCCACAGGUGAUAAUUAAAAACUUGGAGUACGCUUAGGCUUCGCCUUCAUGAGUGGAACGCGACAUUCAAAGAUCCACGACUGCUUCUCACGCUUCCCGGCUACUGCAGCUUAUGUAACCGUAAUGUUUACCGGGAAAUGCUGGCGGCGAACGCUAUGCACAAAGGCGAGUUUUCUUGUAGAAACGCGGCUUGUUGCGUGGGCCGAUCCCGGAGGUCGUGCACAGACGUGCCAAAAAAAAGUACAUCAUUUUCAGGUUUCUGUUUCGCACUUUCAGUAUUUAAGUCUGAGAAUAUUCAACAUAAAACGCAUGCGCUGUCGUUGUUUUGUUUCGUGAUAUUUGUUUGUGGUGUGUCAUUCUCGAAAUUCCGGCGAAUAACUUUGUCAAGAAUGUAAGACAAGGUUCGAGCAACUUUAGUGAUAGACUGGUGUGGCAGGUAAACCCGCAUAUACCGCAUGUCAUAUAGCAAAGCAUGGCCUAUACUGACACCUAAAUACAUGCGGAUAUUAUCGCUCGCGGACAACUCCGCCGACACCGGAUUUUCUGCGACACGGGCGUUAAGCUUCCGGAAAACGUAACAAUGAUCGAUAUAAAGCUCCAGUAGUGCACUUUCUUCAUGCAUAUAUUAUUUCGCGCAGUUUUUCCUUAGGCCGCUGAAAGAGAGGGCACCAGUCCCAACUGCUUGCAUUUGUCAUUUGGAAUAAUAAGAGGGAAUGCCGUAAGCGCUCGAAAUUCAUCAGAAUCCUAAUUUCGUUUUUCGUUAUCACGAGCAUAUUUGGAGCUAGCAUGAGUUGAAGUAUUUCCAUAAGGUAUAUGUCUCACGUGCAAGACUGCGUAUAAAUUCUUUGCUUUCGUUUAUUCACAUAUGCUUUGGACAGCUCAGCGUCGUCGUUUCUGAUGAUGUGAACAAUGGAUACACAACCUAAAGUAAGGGACAUCUACAGCAGGAUAUGAAAAUAAAUUUUCAUCGAAGCUCUUUCAUUUACCACAGCUGAUCUUCAGUGAACACUUAUGGAAAUCUUGCAAUGUGCGGCUGUGUGUGAGAGGUAGAAGAAAAUCUACUCGUGACUGGCCUAUUUCUAUCGCUCAAACACCCAAGCUAAAUUAAAGGUUCGAACUUGGUCUUGACAUUGGUACACCCUGCAACGUGACUACGUAAUGAAAGCGGCGCUGCAGCUGCCUCACACUGCUCCGAGAAAUGGCAGUCCUUUUUAUGUGAAAUUGGGACGGUGAAAAUUUUUUCCCGGCCACAUUUAUUUUGCUUUAAAGCUUAAAUAAUAAAAAAAUAAGAGUACACCUAAGCGCUUCUUAUGGGUUGUGGAUGCGAAAGCAUGAACGUCCAACUGAGCGUCGCCGAGUGGUCCUUCGAGUUAUCAACUCGUCGCGGGCAAGCCAGCUCGUUGACACGAUUGGCCAUCGCUUCCUAGAUAGCAGAAGGCCAGUGCACUUCGAUCCGUGACGUCAUGCUUCAUUGCCCGACUGCCAUAUAAUCUAAUGGGGACGCUCUGGAGUAAGCCGCGGUGAUUUUGACGUCACGACGGUGCUGGCAACGGAAAUUUCAGUCCAAGUAGCAUCAUGUCAUCAAGCAGAGUGCAGUGGCCUUUAGCCCAGUGAGUGAGACGAUCGGGUUACGAGUGUGGGGGCUCGUAAGUUCGAAGCUUCCUACCGCCAACGUUCUUCCUUUCGAAUGAAUUAUGUUUUUAUACAAUAUUUCCGUUUUUAUAGCGAUUACAGAGGUGAUGUUAGAACGCAGGCAACAGCUUGUGCGGAAGAGGAACGCGCGUAUAGCACAGGCUUCCGAAAGCGGAGGUGACGUGGCGUCGCGGAGGUGCCCUCUCCCCUCACGCAACACAUGGCGCGGCAGCAGUUGUUUCCCUCUCGCCGGCUGUGCUCCGUCGAGGCGCGCACAUGACGUGGCAUAGCAGCCAAUUGGUAUUUAGGUGCCGUUGUGCUACUACAGGCGCCUGAUUUUUCGUUCACUGGGCCGUUUGAUGCUUUCACAUCAAUUACGUUCUUUCCUUGGAAGCAUUCGGCCGGUAGCUCUGGCUGAACUGAAUUGACGGGGCUUUUUUCAAAGCUUUACCACGGGACAAUUAUGUUUAUUAGAAUUGUGCCACAACUUGUCCUUCUGAUCUGUUCAGUCGACUGUGGCAGCUUCGAAAAAAAAUACUUAUAAAAUUUACUACGUUGUUUCUAUAUUUAUUUUUAAUUCCAGAAAUAGACAGCUGCCAAGAUUUAUCAAAAGAAUUAAAAUAUUGUUUAGAUUUAAUAGGUAGAAGUUACAAUUAGCCCUGACGCUUUCUGCUGCAUCAUCUAUCAUGUUCAUCUAGCAUCAUCUAGCAAUAUUCAUAGCGAAAUUUGACCACUUCCGGUCAUUAUUUUACCGCAGGAGUUGGGAAGUUUAUAUCUCGUGCAUAUAAUUUUCAAAAGACAGAGAAAUAAAAUUAUGCAGAUGCAACACACGCUUUGGUAUCGGUGUGAAUCUAAGGUCUCGUAAAGCGAUAAAUUAAUGACCUAAGAGUUCUGCGGAAGCCCGCGAGGUGUAGAGAAGAAAUUAAUAAAAGGGAAAUGGAGACACCCACCAAAACGUAGCAAGUUGCUAAAAAGAAAACCCAUACGGGCUCCUCGAAAGAAAAGCCUCGCAAGUGAAGAAAAAGAAACUGCGAGGCUUUUCUUUAGAGGAACCCGUAUGGGUUUCCUUUGUUGCAAAUUGCUACGUUUGGAUGAAUAACUCAUUUUUUCUUUAGUAAGCGAUAAAUUAAAGCAUACAACACUGUUCCAUCUUCUACAACGUGUUUUGCAACGUGCCGAUUACUUGUGCCUGUCCUGCCAAUCGGCAAGGCGUCGUAAUCUUCAUCACACGGCCUGCUUAAUUCACGGAUUUACCAGGAUCAGCCCACUUGUCAUCACGCCAUCCCUGGAGUCGAUGUAGUUUACUAGCACACUGCAUCCGCGACUCGUCCACCUUAUAAGUCAAGAAAACGAAGCAGCAGUCACACGAAUACCGGAAAGGAAGGUCUAGAAAUAUUCGUUUUAGUAGAAUUAUGCGCCUGAAUGUUUGUAUUUGUUGCGCGGAAGAUAUUCAGGUACUGUUUGUUGUUUCAAUGCAUUAUCCGUUAAAUACAAAGCCGGCGACCAGCACAUCCGUAGGCGUAGCACAUACUUAUAAGACGCUUCGUUAUAUGAGUGAUGUACUAUACGUAAGCUAUUAGGCAAGACAAGAGCAAUGCCACGGAACGCACUGUUCGGGAGGGUCCGCCUAAAAUUUCACCUUAUUUGGUAAAAAAAUCUGGCAACAUAUCAAAGGCUUUUCUCAUCAACUGCCCACAACUCAAGGCAUUGGCAACACGUGGUUCUUUGAACUUCGUAUUACACCAUCAUAAAGGUGCAAAGUAUGGCCACAAAAUUGUGCAUACCAUUUUAAGGCGGCGCUCCUAGGCGCCCGUUCCUGCGUCGGCGUCGGUGGCGUAAGCGAGGAACAAGAACAGCGAAAUAUGAAAGAGCAAACGCGGAGCGGGAGAUGAAAGACACGAGCCGCGAACGGCGAAGACCAAUGAGAGUGGCCCCUCAGUGACGUGCGUGCGGGGAAACUGGUGUCAUGCGGACCCGCCCGACCGCUCGAUGCAUACUCGUAUCUGGUCUCGGCCGGACCGCUCGUUUCGUACCAUCGUCUGCUCGCGUCAGCUCUCGCUCACGCUUGUUUGGUUCGCUUGGUUUGGUCCCGUUGGCGCUUGCUUCGAUUGCCAUGGUUUGCAAUUGCUUUGUAAUCUGAUUGUAUGCGCGACGGGAAUUGUGUAGUACUUCCUGGAAGACACGCGGCACCGGCGAUUACACUAGAACCUUCGACGAGUCGUGCAGAAAAGCCGACGCGCUUUCUGAUCCGCAGAUCAGAUUUUCGACGAUUGCCGACUCUGCUACAUGUGUCUCUCAAAUUCUUUGCCGCAAUAUGUCGCGAAAUAAAAACACGUAUGCAGCUGCGCUCAAAUUUUGCGUUAGCGGGUAUCGUAAUCAGAGCUAAAUUUUUUGUGGCACCCAGGGCAAGUGAUGUGCCUUAGGUAGCAUGCUUUAUGGGUACCGAACUGAGGCGAAACCUCAGCGGAAUGCGACGUAGGGGCAUUUGUGAAAUAUCAUGGAGAAACACAUUUAUCUGCGGCACUUAAUUGAGAAGUUACGUAGCUAGAGCAGCUUCCGCUUAGAUAUCUAUGUUUACUAUCGGUGUUUUUUUUUGUGUCCUUGUCGGACAUUUUUCGCAAAGGGCUAUGAUUUGUGCCUGAAUCAUCAAACCAGAAAAUUAGAGUUAAUGACAAACAUAUUGAAAGUUGUGCUAGUAUAAGGAUUUCUCCUAAGCCGAUAUUUUUCAGUAGUGCUCAACUUUCGUUACGAAAAUGUAGCACGUGCAUUAAAUGAAUCAAUAAUUAAAUUAAUUAAUAAAUUUAAAGAUCAGCUGCAUGGGCAUUUUGAUUUCCAUAUCGGCAUUCCUGCAAUUCACCGGAAAAGCUGGGAAACCGUCCUUUCACAGUUGAUAUUGAAAAAGAAAAUGUUCUUGCACUAAAGAAAAGAAAUAAAUUAAAGGAGCCGGCAAAUACAGCUUAAUAUUAGAACUUUAGUCGCGUGUCGAGUGGCAUUGCUUAUUUUUUUUCUUCUCUCUUCAAGUGCAGAAAACAGAAGUGGCUUGUUCGCCUAGUAUUACCUUAGGCACUAAAUCGUCUGAAGGCACAGCUCAUUACGCGUAGUUUUUGUUUAGUUAAACGUGUACUGUGAAUAAAACGCAACAGUUAAGCUCCAUAUGGCGACUUGGCGUGUGCUGUUGCUGCACACGUUCACAUGCUUUUUUUGAACGCUUGUUGACAUUUGCUGUACAUAACAUGAGACUGUAUAUUUUCAUCCCUCGUCGCUUAAACUAGCAGAAUAGCGAAUCAAGUAUUAAAGACGUUUUUAUUUGGAAAUGGUUAGGCGGCUGCAAUAUUCGCAUCGUAAGAAAUAAUUUAAAACAGCCAGUGGGACUUUCUGAAAGACUAGUUUUGAAAGAGCCCCAUUCAUUUAGACAUCUGGUUGUGGACAUCACAUUGGGCAUACCAAGGAAGGACAAUGCUGAGAAUUGUUUGACCAAAUGGUCGAUAAAAUCGGGGCUUUAUAUUUAUUCUAUAUAUAUAUAACGGAAUGCUGUUCACCUUGAAUGCUCAAGCAUACUGUCAGUUUUCAUCAUGAAUUUUAAAUUGUUUGUAUAUUGAAAAAUAAUUGAAGAAAUUGCUACGCAAUCGUUAAAAUAAAUGUAGGCUGUAGUUAUGAACCUCUCUGACGUUGCUCAAAGUUCUUGUACUCUAGAAGAUACGGGAGGCCUUGUUGAAACUUUUCCACUAUAAGAACGAGGUAGUUGCUUGCAUAUCCCGUUACAAUGUUUAUCGUGCAAAAUGCCCCAUUGUGCAAUCAUGAACACGCGGCCAACUUGCUGACAGUUGUGCUUUGGCAAGGCAAUGUUCAGUGAAUGAUAUAUUCAUGCAAAGCAUGAACUACAGUGCUUCUAAUUAUACUGGCCUUUGGGGACUACGCAGUUGUGUAUAUACAUUCGUCUUGUCCGUAGAAUUAAAUAGCUGAAAAUGAAAACUAAGAACAGAAUUGUACAACAUGAUGUAUAUGCUGUAAAGAGCUUCAGUAAACGAGUUGCCAAUCAU